UUAUUCGGCGUGAAACUACAAUGCCCAGCGUGCACAGCGCGUAUACGUCACACAAGCCGUACCGCGAUCCACCAAUCAAAUCACUGCUGUGCUCUGGGCCCGACACACACAUCUGCGCUGCUAAGCUAGCGCCGACGCUAGAGCUGUUCGCUGGCGGCGGAGAGAGGCAGCGGUUUUCUCCCCUCUCCGUCUGAAACACAGUGUAGUGGAAGAAUGCCUGCGGAGUGCAGCGUCCCCGGGUGUGAUAAAUAUGAGGAGGCGAGAGCCAAAGGUGUUAUUUUUCACCGUUUUCCCGAAAAAGACGUCGAGCUCUGCAAGAAGUGGUUAGCGGCCAUAGGCAGGGAUGUAAACACUCCGCAGAAGAACUAUGUGUACCUGCGGGUGUGCAGCCAGCACUUCAGACCGGAGGACUACGAGAGGGACCUGAAGGCCGAGUUAAUGGGCUGUCGGCCCAAACUUGUGGUAAAGAAAACGGCCAUCCCGUCUUUAUUGAUCAGGAAAAAGAAAGCAGGCGUGACGAGGGAACCUGAGAUUCUGCACUCUGUGGGAAUCUCUCCCAAGGUGGAGGUCUCAGAGCACCCAGCGUAUGAGGAGCUGGAAGUCACCUUAUCAUCUGAUGAUUUACUAAGUGAUUCUGAAAGUCCAGAGGAAGAGGACAUGAAGAAGAAGAAGUACAAGAGCAAGAAGAACAACAGCUCAGACGAGUGGGAGCCCCCUUCGCAAGAAGCCGCCAAGGAUUCCGACAACUCCGAAAUGUCCGUGGACGAGGAGGAGUCCGACGACUCUGACGGCCUGGAGAACGAUGGCAGCAUGCCGGUGGUGGGCUGUGAAGACUGCGACACCGAAGCCAGACUGCAGUGUUCGUUACUGCGCCACCAAAAACUCUUCGCCUGUCCCCAGUGCGUCUCUGCCGAAAACAUGGGCACUCGCUGCCUCGACAAGCUGCUCGUCCGCUUCACCGACUACCAAAGCUUUCAGGUUCACGCCGAGGAGGAGCACGGACUCACCACCAAACGCGUGCUGUGUCAGGAGUGCGGCGUCUUCUACGUGAAACCCACCGAGGCGAACGGCAAGAAAGAGCACGUGUGCGAGUACAAGACGAAGCACCUCGUCUGUCCGAACUGCGACAAAAGGUUCCGGACCGAGAAGGGCCUGAAAGCGCAUACGCGGAAACUUCACGGCGACACGGUGCACCCCUGCAAGUACUGCCUGAUGCCUUUCCGGAACCGGCCCGCCAAACUGGAGCACGAGGAGACCCACCCGAAAGAGGAGAAGCCGUACCUGUGCCCGGAUUGCCCCGAGAAAUUCCGCAACAUCGUGAAGCGGAAUCGUCACAUGAGAUCCCACCGAGGCCCCUGGAAGUACUUGUGCAAGACGUGCGGAAAGGGCUUCCCUCACCUGGACAGGUUGGAGAGGCACGAACUGAUCCACUCCGGCAUAAAGCCUUUCAGAUGCGAGGUGUGCGAGCGCUCCUUCACCCAGGAGGGCCAUCUCAAGUCCCACAUGCGUCUCCACACGGGAGAAAAGCCCUACAAGUGUAAGCUCUGCGACAAGAGCUUCACCCACAACGUCAGCCUCAAAAGCCACGUCCUGCGCUACCACAGCUCUGUAGCUGCUCCUCCUCCUCCUCCUCCUCCUCCUCCUCCGCCACCUCCCACUCAAGGUGCGCAAGAAAACUCCAUCCCAAAAGCAAGGAAGAAGUCCCAGGGCAGGCCCAAGGGUCGCCCCAAACGAGUUUUGGCCAACGAAGAGCAGGAAAACGGUGGAAACCACGAGUUGUCUUAAUCAUGAUGUGAAGUUUCAAGAGGAAAUGAAACCAAGAGGGUAAGGGUGAGCAGUGUGGUAGGAAUACAGCAUCACAGUACUUGACGACAUUUUCGCGACACAUGAAUAUGCAUCACUGUAUUACGGCUUUUCUGGGGUUUUAUACGUUGGAACAGAUGCACUGCACCAAAAAAGCUACGUACAAUGAACUGUGCAUCAUGAAAUGCAGCUAAAUGGGACAGUUUUUUGUUCUCUUUUUAAUGAAAUCCAAGGAUUUUUUCCAAAUUUCUGCGUAAUUGAGUCGUUACGAUGUAAACAAAGUCAUUCAGAGUGUUUUGAUGAGAAGUAGUUGAUCGAGAAACCUACUGAGUCAGAUGUCUUUACAGUGGUGCUGAGAGGAACCAGGGGUCACAAAGACUACAACACAAAUACAGCCACUUUAUUUACUAUCCAGAACCACCAGUGAACGUCUUUUCAGGUUUUAUACGGAAUAUUAAGUUAAAUAAGGCAAAUUUACCUCUUAUAAGACCAACUUAUAAUGCCCUGCAUGUACCUCUGCAUCAUGAAUGGAAUAGAGAAUUAUAUUUUAGGCCAAAACUAAAUCUCAGAAGUAUUGUAAAACCAGUUUCUCAGGCAUUGGGCAGCGUAUUCAUGGCCAUUCUGUGUAAACGCUUUCUGUGAGGGAGCUUUUAGAGGUGGACGUCUGGUUCCUAUCACCACCACUGUGAAUAUGUCUGACCCAGAACGCAGCUUUUCUUAUGAAACCACUCUGAAUGACUUUGUUUACACCUUAGCCAUUUGUUUAUGCAGAAAUUUUGACCAAUCGGUGGAAUUGACCUUAAAUGAAGUACUUCUGUCUUCAAGUAUUGGUGAUACCUACAAUAUGCUGACCUUUUAUCGUGAAAACGAUAUCAUAUCGUCAUAUUGACCACCCCUACCUGAGGGUUGCUCCACAAAGCGGGCUUUCUCACCGAUCUGGAUGAUCAAAGCCAAACGUCCCUCAUAAGCUCUUCUACUGGAGAGGCUUUAGUCAUCUGGCAGACUGAGAAGUCCUGCUUUUAUACUGACCAUUAUGGGCAAAGAUGGAGAGCCCAAAACGAUUCGUUAGACGUUUCAUGAUACUGUGGAGAUGCAGCCACUUUGCCAACUGCUACACAAGUGUUUCAUCAGUCAGAGGACCAACCAGCUCAGUUACUGAGUGCCACAAAGACUCCAGUUUGCAUGCGAAAUCCUGUUAAUGUUCUUAACCAUCUUUCAACUGUAAAUCAGUUGUGGCCUUAAAAGAAUGACUCUUGUAACAGUUACGUUUGCAUUCUGCGCUCGUAGUUCUCUUUUCUUGGAGUAUUUCUCAGUGCUUUGUUUUUUUUCCUGUAUUUUUCACGCCGUUCCCUUUCAUGAUUGUAAAAUUGUGAGUGACACAUCGUCCCUGCUGGAACAAAACCUCCAUUUUUGUUUUUUUUUUCCCAAAUAAUUUGAAAAUGCCAGCUGCUGUUUAGACUGUAUCAAAGUUUCAUGACGAAUGGACCGACGAAGAUGGUCCAAAGUAACGUAUUAAAAUCGUUACGUUCAUUUCUGUUGAAAGCUAAGGAUGUUUUUUUUUUUUUUUCCUUCUUCUGUAAAGUUGCUGAUAUGGAGAGAGAAGGUUUUGUUCCGACAGUGACUGACAUUAGGGAUGCACCGAUCAUGAAUUUCUAUGGACGAUUCUGAAUUCUUUACCGCCAUAUUGGCCCGAGGCUGAUUUUUAUUAGCCUUUAUUAAUGUUUUUUAACCUGAAGCUUGCACUGUGUUAACGACCAUUGAAAAGCUCAGUAGCUUACUUUGUUAGCCAAAGUUGUGAUUAAAAAACAUUGAGUGUGUUUACAGGCACUUAAUAAUCCGUUAACUGCAGAAAUUCCGAUUUCGUCAGUAAUCUGAUUGUGUUUACAUGCACUCGAGUAAUCAGAUAAUGGGGAAACUCCGGUUCUACAUGAGUCAGACAGUAAUCAGAUUUCUGCUUUACAACCAGCCAAUAAACUCAGAACGUGAUGUAAAUGUAAUGUAAAACUCAAACCUCAUGGCGCGACUUUUUUUUAAAAAAAACACGCCACUUUACCUGAAAAUGUGAACAUACAUCAUCUAGAAGAUGAAGAAUAUUUGUCAUUCAUUUCGUUGUGCAUCCAAAAGUGUUUUGCUUUGUCUCGCGGCGACGCUGCUCACCUAUUUCCGGUACUGCAGUCUGUUUUUCCUCAUGCGCAGACUGAGAAAUCCGAAAGAAAUCAGAGUAAGAGUUCACAUGCACUGAGAAAUCUGACUACUGAGCUAAAAUUGAGGCUCUUUAUUAGAUUUCUAGACCUUGUGAUCGGAUUCUGAUAUAUGAAGUCGGAGUGCGCUGUUCACAUGACCAUUUAAAUGAUCAGAUAAGUGCAGAAAUCUGAUGAUCGGAUUAUGAAGUGCAUGUAAACGCACUCAUUGUUUGGUUUUUAAUAGGCCAAACUGAUUUUAUCAAAUUAAAGUUGCCUUUUUAAGUAACAUGAAUGCUACAUCAAAAAUAAGAGGCUGCUGCUUCUUCAGCACAAUGGAUUUUGCAGAAUUAUACCACAGUAUUUUGGUACAGCUGUAGCAGCAGCAUUCAAAUACAGCGCGAGUGCAUUUACCUGACAUUAUUUAUGCCAAGUUCAGCCAAAAUGAAAUGAUGAGGCCAGUUGAAGCAAAAAAUCUGAUGAUUCAUAUUCAGAUUUGUGCAUCUCUAAUACACGUUUUUAUACCUUUCCUGCUUUGUUUAUGCAAUCAUUAUAUGAGCUUAUAUAUAUCCUAGAGAUGUUGUAAUCUUUGCUCAUAGCUGCUCUAUUAACAGUGUCUGUUCUGUUAGGUUUAAAUGGGGAAUGAUCUUCAUUGGUGCUAUGAACUGUCCUGUUUGAUUUUAAACUUCCAUUUGUUAUGAUUUACCUGUAUUCACUUCCCUUAGAGGUGUUACACUAAAAGUCGUCUUUUAUUUUUCUUUUUUAGCACUUAAUGCAAUUGCUGUUGUUACGCAGAGCUGUUGCAGAAAAAUAAACCAGUUUCACAUCA